AUGAGCAUUCAUUCAAUUUAAGAAAAAUAAAGUAAGUAGGCAAUAUAUAUUACCUACAAAUUAGAUAAGGUAGACUGCUUGGUGAAGUUCGAAUUAAGGUCUAAGCAAGUCAAUUUUCUUAAUUUUUCAUAAUCCUAUUUAAGAUUGGAAGCUCCUUUUAAAUACUUUGGAAUUGAAUAUUAGGAGAGUGGUUACAUAACAACUACAAUUUUUGUUUAGAUAUUGAAUCAGGCUCAGAAGAACCCAAUAUAAGGAGCAUCUGAUGAUGUGAUUAAUUAACUAAUUGAUGAUUUUGAGUCUAUUGAAGAGGAUCUGGAUUUACGGUUAGUGCAUCUAUCUAAACUUUCAAACAACCCUGAAUUUUCUGAUGAGAAGGUCAUCAAAGAAAAUGAUAGAUUAUUAAUGAAAAAGAUUAGAGACAUUGAUUAAUCAGUUUCUGACAAUUAUAAAUAUAGAAAUGAAAAUUGGUAAUUACUUUAUGUGGUUGAAACGACAGCAAAAAUAAUUUGGAAUGGAGAGGAGAAGAAACUAAUAAAAUUAGGGAAAACUAAUAAGUCUAUUGAAUAAUAUGUUAAAAAAUUAAAACAAUAAUAUUAAGGGAAAAUAGAAUUUAGACCUUUAUUUGCUUAAAGAUUAUAUACACCAGCAAAUCAUUUAGUUGAUAAAAAGUUUUUCCAUGUUAAGUUGUUGAAUUCUAUUCCUGAAUCAAAAGUAUAUCUGAAAGCAGAUGAAAGUUAAAAUUCAUAAAUUCAUUAUGAGUUUUACUUUUUAACAGAUGAAUUUGUUGAAAAUUUUGAGAAGUGUUUAAGAAAGUUUAUUGAUAAAAAUAAAGAAUAAUAUCAAAUCCAUAAAGUAAUUAAUACUGAUAAUAAGAAAAUUGAUGUAAGUAAUAAUUAAGAUAUAUCUUAAAAUGAACUUUAAGAUUUACCAACCUCAGCUUAAGAGUCCUUUAUCAAAUAAGAAUAAGUAUAAAAUUAAGAAUAAGAAUAAGAAGCAGAGAAAAUAAAUUAGAAAGAGAUUGCUUAAGAUACAAGUUAAGAAUAAAUAUCAAAAGAAAAAUAGUAAAAAGAAUCAUUAGAAUAAUAAUAAUAAUAAUCACUAGAAUAAUAAUAAUAAUCACUAGAAUAAUCAAAAGAAGAAUAAGAAUCACUAGAAUAAUAAUAAGAAUAAUAAAAAGAAGAUUAAGAAUCAUCUAAAUAAUUUAUAGAAUAAUAAUAUUAGGAAUAUUAAGAAUAAUCAUCAAUAUAGUAACAAUAAGAAUAAUUAAAUAUAAUCUUAUAACAAAUUAAUUAAAGAGAGUAAUUGAAUGAAUAAACUAUAAGUGAGUAGUUUGAGAUGAGCAAAACGCUAGAUGAUACUUCUUUUGAAUUUUUUGAUCAUGAUCCAAAAACGAAUCCUAGCAUUUUGGGUGUCCCAAUAAAUUACUAGUUGUCUGAGGAGAGUUAAGAAAUAGUUUAUCAGGCGUCAAAAGUGAUAAAUUUGUAAAAUAAUUACUUGAAGGCUUUGCUAUACACGGCAGCAGCAAAACGAGAAUUGAAAUAAAAUGAUAAGUGA